AUGGCUGCGGCGCGGGGGCUGCUCCUGGGGCUGCUCCUGCUCGGGCCGCGCUGCCGGGUGGCGGCUCUCAAGGACUCCAGCUCGGGCCGGCGCUUCUCGGAGCACAAGCUCUGCGCGGACGAGGAAUGCAGCAUGUUAAUGUACCGGGGCGAGGCUCUAGAAGACUUCACAGGCCCAGACUGUCGUUUUGUGAAUUUUAAAAAAGGCGAUCCUGUAUAUGUCUACUAUAAACUGGCAGGGGGGUCACCUGAAGUUUGGGCUGGAAGUGUUGGGCGUGUUUUUGGAUAUUUUCCAAAGGAUUUAAUCCAGGUAGUUCAUGAGUAUACUAAUGGAGAGUUACAACUUCCGACAGACGAGACAGAUUUUGUUUGCUUUGAUGGAGGAAGAGAUGACUUUGACAGUUAUAAUAUAGAUGAACUUCUAGAAUCUUGGGAGCUACAUGAUUCUGCAACUGGAGAUUGGGAGAGAACUCUAGAAGAAACUUCUCAGCAUAUGAAAAAGCCUCCGGAAGUGUCUGAGCAAAGUGACCUAGAACCUGAGCCCAAAGAAGCCAACUUAGAGGAAAAUGAAAGUUUACUCUCUGAAAACACCAAGGAUCUAGAAGGAAAAUCUGAGGCUCCAAAGACUCACCCUCAUGCAAAUAGUCAAAUGGAUAACACGCAUUCUGCCUUUGACCCUUUUGAGGAAAUGCUGAAAGAGAAGUUAAAAAUGCCAGAAGGAGAAAACAACAAAACCAUCAAUGGUUCUCAAGGUUCCGAUGAACAAGAGACGAUCAACGCUUAUAAACUUUUGAAAAAAGAAAUGACCCUGGAUUUGAAAACCAAAUUUGGCUCAACUGCUGAUGCACUUGUAUCGGAUGAUGAGACAACCAGACUUGUUACUUCAUUAGAGGAUGAUUUUGAUGAGGAAUCGGAUGCGGAGUAUUACACAGUUGGGAAAGAGGAAGAGGAGAACACAGACAACUUGGAUGAGCUACCUUUACUAACUUUCACAGAUGAAGAUGUGCGCGCUCCAGCGAAACCUGGAGUUGAGAAAUAUUCAGCAGAUAAAGAGGAGACGUCAAGUGGAGUGAACGUGAUUGAGGUAGCUCAGCCCCCUGGCAUCAAAGAUGAUAAAAAUAUCCUCAUCACCUUGGGGGAUACUGUUGUGUCUCUCGUCACAGGAAGUGAGGAACAAACACGAGUGAUGGAGUUAGAGAGUUCUGACUCAGAGGAAGACCAGGAAGAUGGCUUGCCAGUCUCAGAUGGCAGGUGGAGAGAAACACUAUCCGCAAAGGAUUCUUUUGGCUCUGAGGGUGCAGGAGGUCGCUUUGUGACUACAGAAGCCUCCAAAACAAAUGCUGAUUCAGACCCAGAAAUGGACGUAGACUAUCACGUCAAAGGAAGACACGGGAAUGUUCUGGAAUCCAAGAGAAGCCUGUUGCCAGAUGAAUCAGAGGGUAAGAAGCAAGAAGAGAUAGCUGUGCAUGGUACCACUCAAAGCAGUCAUCUUAGCUCUCUGCUUUCUUCUGAGAAGGGUCAGGAACCAUUAAAAUUCACCGCUGAUAACAAGGAAAAUGCCCUAAAAGCAGCUAUUCUUAUCUCAAAAGAUGCACUCCGUGAAGAAAAACCCGUUGAACGCAUUUUGGAGGAUGGUUCAAAUAGUAAAUCGGUACAUCGAAAUGCAGGGCAUCAAAUGAACGAAUUAAAAAUGAAAGAGGAACCCAAGGAUAUUGUACCACCCUUAGAUGAUCUGCACCAGGCACCCAGCAGCAGUGUGGAGGAAGUGGAUGCUGUGGCAAGUGGACCCGGACCCCACUCACUUGCUGCGGGGCAUCCAGGUCAGGAUCCCAAGGAGGAGCCAGUUCUUCAAACUCAAAGUCUUCCUAGAUUCUCCUCUGCUGAUGAAACUGGUUCGCCGGCAGAACUCGAUGAAGAGGUUCCCGCUCAGGAAGGACAUCGUUUUUGGCAGCAAGAAAAAGAUAUGGCUUUUGCAGUUCAUAAGCACAUGGAUGAGAGGAGGAAGCUCUCCGGGGAAGCAAUCAAAGAGAUUGUUCGUCACCAAGCAGUGCAGGACUCACAGCAAGUAGGAACAGCAGGCCAGACUGAUAGUGCAGGAGCACCAGGCUUCUACGCCGACAAGCCGGAAGCCGAUGAGCACAUCCCCGAAGAGCUGCUGGAGGAUGAAAAUGCUCUGAGUGCAAAACAGUCUAAAGAACAAAGUACUGGGGCUCAGGACAGGUUAGAUGUGACUUCGCCCGCUAUUAACAAAGCUCCUAUAGAGAGCACUAGCCCUGGUACAGAAACUGAAGAAACCAAAAUAGAUUUGGAGCUGGAAGGAAAACGUGAAACUGUGGCCAAAGGGGUUGAGGACCCGGAGCCUGCUAGCAUGACUGUGGGAGCACCAGAAAGCCCUUUCGUAGAUGAGAAAACCCACAGACCACCACAAGGAAGUGGCUUUCCAGACACACGAAACCUUCAGGCUUCAGAGUUCAGUGAAGUGUUUCCAAGUAGAGAGACUGAUGAUGGCCUUGAACAUGAUAACCUUGAGGAACAGCUGAAGGCCUUGGGGCUGGCAGAAGAGCGUGAGCUAGAGGGACUCUCAAAAGAGGACCAGGAGGAGUUACCAGAACUCUUGGACCCAGAAGACCAGUGGUCUGCUUCUGAAGCAGUCGAAGAUGACCCGUUCCAUUGGGCUCCACCUCCACCUUCAGAGCACAGUGACGGUGGGAAGGACCUGCCUAUAAUACGCAGCUUUUUUAAGGAACAGCAGUCUAUGCAGAGGUUCCAGAAGUACUUUGAUGUCCAUGAACUGGAAGCCAUGUUCCACGAAAUGUCCUUAAAGUUGAAGUCUGCCCAACAGGAGAGCCUGCCUUACAAUGUGGAUAAGGUCCUAGAUAAGGUCUUUCGUGCCUCUGAGUCACAGAUUCUGAGUGUAGCCGAAAAAAUGCUUGAUAUGCGGGUGGCUGAAUACAAAGAGCAAGAGAUGAAGGAAAAUAACAUAUUUGAAGAGGCUGCGGCGCUAGACGAUGUCCAAGACCUAAUCUAUUUUGUCAGGUACAAAUACUCCACAGAAGAGGAGCCUGUGUCGAUGGUGACCCCACCGCCUCCAGAGGAAGACUGGGACAGACCCAGGGAAGGGAUUCCACCUCCACAUGAGGAUAAUUUCCAACCAGAAAGCACAGAAGACCCGGAAAUACCUGCUCCUGAAGAGCCCACCCACGUGGAUCAACCAGCAGCCAGUGACACCGUGGCCUCACAGGAGUCACAGAUCCCGAGUACAGAGAACGACUCUGACCCAGGGGUAAUUACAACAGAAGGCACUGAUAUUGAUGCCGAAAAGCGACUGGAUCCAAAUGCUGAGGCGCCAACAAGCGCUCCACCUCCAGAAAGCACAGCUCUUUCCUUGGAUUCCUUCGUGUUUUAUUUAACCCACUUGCUGGUUGCUACAUUACCUGAUGAUGUUCGACCUGGGCCUGAUUUUUAUGGGCUGCCAUGGAAACCUGUACUUAUCACAAUCUUCUUGGGAAUUUUUUCAUUUGCCAUUUUCUUCUGGAGAACCUUCCUUGCUGUAAAGAGUAGAGUAUAUCAAGUUUCUGAGCAACAGAUUUCUGAGAAGUUGAAGACUAUCAGGGAAGAAAAUAAAGAACUUCUAGAAAAAUUGUCAAAAUAUGAACAGAAGAUCAAGGAGUCCAAAAAACAUGUUCAAGAGUCCAAGAAACAAAAUAUGAUUCUCUCUGAUGAAGCAGUUAAAUUUAAGGAUAAGAUCAAAGAGCUUGAAGAAACAAAUGAAGUUUUGGAAGAAAGAGCUAAAACCUUGCGUGCUCUGUUACACUCUGAACGAGAACAGAAUGGGAAGAAUCAGGACUUGAUAGUGGAAAAAAAGAAGGCUAUAGAGAAGUUAAAGGAUGUCAUUUCGAUGAAUGCCUCAGAGUUCUCAGAGGUUCAAAUUGCCCUUAAUGAAGCUAAACUUAGUGAAGAAAAGGUGAAAUCUGAAUGCCAUCGAGUCCAAGAAGAAAAUGCUAAGCUUAAGAAAAAGAAGGAACAGUUACAGCAGGAAAUACAGGACUGGACUAAAUCACAUGCGGAGCUCAGUGAGCAAAUCGUAUCAUUUCAGAGGUCUCAGAAAGAUUUGGAAACAAAGCUUCUUCACAAAGAUGAUAACAUUGAUGCAUUGACGAAUUGCAUUACACAGUUAAAUCGGUUAGAUUGUGAAUCUGAAUCCGAGGAUAAAAAUAAAGGUGAAAGUGGGUCAGAUGAAUUAGCAAACGGGGAAAUGGGAGGUGACCGGAGUGAGAAGAUAAAAAAUCAAAUUAAACAAAUGAUGGAUGUCUCUCGGACAAAAACAGCAAUUUCAGUUGUUGAAGAGGAUUUAAAACUUUUGCAAGUUAAGCUAAGAGCCUCGAUGUCCACUAAAUGUAACCUGGAAGACCAAAUCAAGCAGCUAGAAGAUGCCCGCAAUUCACUGCAGUCAACCAAGGCUGGACUGGAAGAUGACUGCAAAACCCUGAAGCAGAAAGUCGAGAUUCUGAAUGAGCUGUACCAGCAGAAGGAGAUGGCCCUGCAAAAGAAACUGAGUCAAGAAGAAUACGAGCGGCAAGAAAAGGAGCAGCGGCUGUCCGCUGCCGAUGAAAAGGCGGUUCUGGCAGUAGAGGAAGUUAAAACCUACAAGCGGAGAAUUGAAGAAAUGGAAGAAGAGUUACAGAAAACAGAGCGCUCAUUUAAAAACCAGAUUGCUACUCAUGAGAAGAAAGCGCAUGAUAACUGGCUCAAAGCACGUGCUGCAGAAAGAGCUAUAGCUGAAGAGAAAAGGGAGGCUGCCAACUUGAGACACAAAUUACUGGAAAUAACCCAGAAGUUGGCGAUGCUCCAAGAAGAACCUGUGAUUGUAAAGCCAAUGCCAGGAAGACCUAGUACACAAAACCCUCCGCGGAGAGGUCCUCUAAGCCAGAAUGGCUCAUUCGGCCCAUCUCCGGUUAGUGGUGGCGAGUGCUCCCCUCCACUGACAGCAGACCCACCUGGGAGGCCCCUCUCUGCCACUCUCAGUCGCAGAAAUAUGCCUAGAAGUGAAUUCGGGCAGGUGGACGGACCUCUGCCUCGUCCACGAUGGCCAUCGGACGCAUCUGGAAAACUCUCCGCCUCUGCAGACCCGGGACCUGGUCCAGCUCCCAUGAUGAACAGCAGCUCUGGAAGCUCUUCCCCUAAGGUGACGGACGAGGGCAAACAAACUCUUCCCCAAGAGCCUGAAGGCGCCUCAGGUGCCAGCAGCCCAUCAGUGACUGAGCAGCCAGUAGCAGUUAACAUGGCUGCCAAAGGGCCCCCUCCUUUCCCAGGAAUGCCCCUCAUGAGCUCCCCAGUGGGAGGCCCUCCCCCACCACCCAUCAGAUACGGACCGCCACCUCAACUCUGCAGACCUUUUGGACCUCGACCCCUCCCUCCACCAUUUGGUCCUGGUUUGCGUCCACCACUAGGCUUAAGAGAAUACGCACCAGGCAUUCCACCCGGAAAACGGGACCUACCUCUCGACCCUCGAGAAUUUUUACCAGGACAUACACCUUUCAGACCUUUAGGCCCAAGAGAAUACUUUAUUCCUGGUACCCGAUUGCCACCUCCACCCCAUGGCCCCCAGGAUUAUCCACCUUCGCCUGCUGCAAGAGACUCACUGCCUUCUGCCUCUAGAGAUGAACCCCCCCUACCUGCCUCCCAGAGCAGUAGCCAGGAUUCUUCACAGUCUUUAAAACAGAGCCCGUAACUCCAUCUCCUCUGUUCCGUAGCCUGAGAGUGGAUGCUGCACUGUUGGGCUAUAGUAACGGAUUCUAUUGGCUUCUAAAUCUACAAGUUUAUUUUAAAAGGUUUGUUUUUAGAACUAAACUGCGCUGGCAGUGUGCAUUUUUGAGCCAAACAAUUCAAGAAUAUAAUCUCCUACCCCAAUAAAGACCACCUCUUAAAGCUAGCACCUCCUUAAAACAACUUUGAAAUGUGCAAUAAAAAAAUACCUGUGUUUGUAGUUAAUGUAGAAUAGGUAAUUGCUAAAUGAUUUAGAAUGUCAUGAAGAAUAUGAACAUUUCCUGUGGAAAUGCUUUAAGAACAUGUAUUUCCAUUGUCUUAUUUUUGGCAUACACCAGUUGAUGAAAGAGCAAUGGUGUUUAUAAGCUUGAUUUUUAAAAAAUAGCUGGUCGCAGACUAAAAAAGGUUUACUAAAAGAUCACUAAACUAUCUCCCCGAUUGUUACAGUUCUUUGUAGUAAUAGUUCAUAAAAAAUUGUUUAUUAAUA